UUACCUUUGCGGGACCCACCUUCUCCCUGGCACCGACUGGAAUUGCGGUGUUUCACUCUCCCCCUCCCCUCCCCUCCUCAAACCCGAGCCACAGCACAAUUAUCUACUUGUUCGUAUCUUUUGAUCCAUUACUUCAAUAGCCAUACAAACGUACAGGCCUAAAGAGAAUUUAUCGAAAGCAGACGUAUGCUCGCCCAAUUGCCUUUUGAAUUUCUCAAUGGGAAUUUUUGCAACUCUAAAGCAGGAAAUUACUUGGAUACUAAGAAACGUCUGAUUUCGCCUAAUCUUGGCCUGUUUUCUUCCCAUAAAACAGAUUUGGAAUUAAUUCGUUCAUAAAGGGCUCCCUGCACCCCAAAUAAAGUCAGUAACCAAAAACAGCCAUACCAGAUGUAUGCAGUACUACCCUCCCAAAUUCUGACCACGAGAUUUCAUGAGUUAGGUCACCUACCAUACUUAUUUGCGCUAAGUGUAUUCAGAACGGUUGUCUUUUUGAAAUGUUCCAAUUCUUUCGUCGGGAUCGCUACUGGUCUAUCUGGAAGUCUUUUGGUCGUCUUUCUUUUCAGUUCAGUUAAUUUUACUUGCGAAAAUUGCGGACCGACCAAGGAUCUCUUGCUGCCACUUACGAGCGCCUCCACUGACCUGUCAAAAGAGGCAUCCGAGGCGGCGUCGCAGUUGACUUUUAGAGUACGUCCACGAUGUUACGUUUUUUUGAAUUUCGUUCUUUGACUCACAGUAAUUGCUAUCAGAGUAUUUUGCCCAUUUCGCCUUAGGUGUAGCUUCUGAUUUUCGGAAGGCUACCUCUUCCCAUCCAUACUGUAUUAUUAGCGAUUUUUUAAGCACCAGAACUGAUUAAUUAUACUUUUAAACGUCGGCCGUCCUUAACGAUGAAUUAUUGUCUAUUCUGUUUGGUUUUCUGAAAAUUCCAUCCUAACCACCACCAUCAGUACUAUUAACCCGGACUACCAAAUGAUCAACAGUGUAACAAGUAAACUAUUAAAGAGUAGCUGAUACUAGAAUCCUAGAUAAUAGUAAGCGACGAAAAGGCGCACUAUUUCUAAGCACUUUCAAUCAAAUACGGACCAUUAGUGGCACCUGUUCACGUCGCCCUACCACUCCUGACAAUUUUGUGGUUGGCGGUAUGCCAUCUGUAUGUACUAAAUUCACCCAAUAUAUAAAAUUGCAUUUCAAUAGGCGCUACCAGUGAUCAUCUCUGCAUACUUAAAAGACGCAUACCACCUAGUACUUUUGGAUGCUAAUAUCCGUGAGUAAACAUGAAAAAGGGGUCUAGGUCCACCGUUCAGAGGAGCCCAAUCGUUUCCCAUCGACAUAUUUUGAGUCCGCAGACUGUAAUUAUUAACAAAACAAACAGAUAUUCACUGGACUGAUUCCAAACUCAGGUUACCAAAAAUUUCAUGCUAUAGGACCCCGAGGUCGCCAAAUCAGAGGUUGCCGACUCGAAGACAGGGUCUACCACCGAACAGUCAGCCGACAAUGCCACCGCUCCACCCACAAACCCGGUUCCCACCCCGAUGGACUUUCGAAGCCUGUUGCCAUCAGCAUCUUCCCCGCUAAACAGCUGCGCAGAAGCAUCCACUUCCGCCCCUCCCAACUUCCCUCAGCCUCUCUAUUGGAUUUGCUAUCCAGUGUACGGCUUUUCGCCACCCACAGCCUUUUCGACGUUGCCAGCCAACUCAACCGCCCAGACAGCCACCGCAGCACCCGACCCGGGAGGUCCUCUGAGCUUUGAAGAAUGGUUAAAGCGCGUGAGUACUGCCAUUUCGAUAUUUCUUCUCCAUAGCAGUGUUUCGUGGUCAAUCGAGACCCCUGUUCGUACUUUUCAUGACAAUUUCGCACCAGUUUGCCCCCCCCUUCCCUCUGUAGACAAUGAUGGCUAGCGCGAUGGUGGAGGCAAUAACUACAUCUUCCUAUCACAUCUGGCGAUGCUAA